AUGAUCGAUAAGGCGAGCCACGCCUUUCACGGCCGGGCGCCAGGCAAGCAGAGCCGCGCUAUUUUUCUGAUCGGCGUCGCUAUCACGAUCAUUAUCCUCCUCGCUAUGGGCAACAUGUUCACGCACCCUAUCUCCACCGUAGAGGAUGAUAUAUUCAGCAGCACCCGCACGCGUCCUCAGUUGAUAGUGCGCGAGGAGUGGGUCGAUGCAGACACCCGACUCGCCGAGCGUCCAAACUUCAUUGUGCAGAGCCGGGCCCAGCUCCUGGGACUUUAUCGCCUCCGCGUGUUUGUUGUCGCCACGGAGGCGGAGGUACCCAAUGUAACCCGCCUGCUCAACUCCUUGAGAAACUGUAAUUAUUCUCAGCGUAUUUUUCCUAUAGACAUCGCCGUCCACGUGCUGGGCAACGCUUCCGCUAUGCCGUUUGUGCCCUGGCUUCACGGCCGCAUCGACUUCUACGCGCACCGCCUGCACGGCCAUGCCGGCCCGUCUGUGCCGGAGAUGAUGACGGAUGUGUGGAAACCGCAGUCGGAUUUCGAGCUUGGGAUGCUGCUCACAGCCUCGGCGCAAGUGUCUCCGUACUGGUUCCAGUGGGUGAUGAGCGCGCUGCGUGAGUACAUCCUGACCUCGACAAAGACCUCCAUUAAACUUGCCACUGUCAAUGACUCCGAGACUGGGCAGGGCCGGCUGCUCAGCCCGCUUUCGACGACACUGAGCGGUUUUGCGCUGGGCAUGCCCAUCGCCGGGGCAGAGGCCAAGGAAGUGGUUACCUUCGCCUCUCACCCAAGCGUCACGUCCAUCUUCACAGCUUCCUUUUGGAAAGCUAUCGUGGCGCGGACAGGACCUGACACCGACGUCUACGCUGCGCCAGAAAGCUGGCAAGCCUUCCUCAGCACCUCCACGAGGGUGCCCGGCCACGGCGAACACCGGUUCCUGUACCCUCCACUCCACAAGCUCGGGGCGCUGGCAUGCGAGGAGACCACAGAGUGCGCUAUACGUGCGCUGAAUCCGUCAGAGGUGGCAGAGCUGGUGAACGUCCAGGCGUUCGUGGACCAAGUAUCUCAGUCGCGUGGGCAGGGAUCCUAA